UGUAUUACUCCGGACUGUCUUAAAAGUGGUGCUUUCAUUCAAAACAGCUUGAAUAUUAGCGUAGAUCCAUGUCAGGACUUUUAUAAUUAUGCCUGUGGAUCAUUCAAAGAGACUCAUCCACUAGAACCGGGCAGCACUUACAGAACCGUGGUCUCUGAAAUUUACGAUAGCAACCAACAAAAGCUGAAAAGGGUAUUAGAUGUUCCCGUCCAACGCAAAGGUAUAAAUUCUGCUGAACAGAAGGCCAAAGACUAUCAUAAUGGUUGUUUGGAUGAUUAUGGUAAAAUGAAGCUUGGUGGCAAUCCAUUUCUAGAGAAAGUUAUCAGUAAAGUUGGUGGUUGGUAUGUUUUAGACACCAUGGAAGAUUCCUAUGAUUAUAAAAAGAUGUUUAAGAAGGUGCACGUUGACUUUUGGACUGAUGCUUUGUUUACUUUUAAUGUCAGAACUGAUUGGCUCAACUGGCUGAAAACAUCUAUUCAGGUAAGGAUAAAUUUCUAUGGUUUACCAACA